AUGAAAUCUAGAACAUGGAUUUUCAAGGAUUUCUUGUCGAGGCACCGAGUUAAGGCGUUUGAUAGUUUACUUUCGAAAAGGCUCCCUCCAUCGAAUGCGACGAAGCAUCUUCAGGUGGGCGAGCAUUUCCUUUUCUUUCCGCCACCAUUUGAGGAACUGGGUAAAGACGGCUAUUUUGACUAUCAAAAUCCUGCUUCACUGCUGGAAAACGCUAACUUACGUUAUCGUAGAAGGCUUUGGGGGCAAGGUGAGCUUAUUCAGUAUAUGCCCAUCAAGUUAGACAAAGAGUACACAUGCCACGAAUCAAUAAAAUACAUAAAGCGGCUUCGAGAUGAACAUAUCGUCUGUAUUGAAAGGACUGUUUUGCAAGACCACCCUGAAAAUGGGCUUAGCAAAAGUAACGUCUGUUUGCUGGAAAGAAGAGUCUUAAUUUACACCAAUUCAUUAGCCAACAAGACUGCAGCAGAGGUCCCCGCAAAUAAGGAAGACUAUAAAAUUUUGAAAAGUUUGACUAUUACUGAUAUGGAUAUUGUAACGUAUGGGCAGUUAUCUUUGAAUCCGCAUCGAAUUCAUUGGGACAAAGAAUAUUGCCGCCAGGUUGAGGGGUACGAAGAUAUCAUCAUGCAGGGUCCUUUUUCCGUGCAAUUGUUACAGAAGUGCAUCCAACCAUUUUUGAAAAAGCCAAUUACUCAAUUGCGGUACCGUAAUUUGAAUUAUAUAUACCCAAGGACAACUUUGAACGUAUGCCAGUCUUUGAAUUUUUCGACUAAUAAGCAUAAAUUCCAAAUUAGGGACCUACAAAAAACAAAUAUAGUUUAUUUGACAGCGGAAGUCACCUGUUAG